AUGUGGCUGGAGGCAGUGAGCGAGGGAGGUGGGGACCCACCAUCCCUGGACACAGCCAUCCAGCAUGCCCUGGCAGGCCUCUAUCCUCCUUUUGAGGCUACAGCUCCCACUAUCCUGGGUCAGGUGUUCCGGCUCCUGGACUCUGACUUCCGGGGUGAUGGGCUGAGCUUCCUCCUGGAUUUCCUGAUCCCUGCCAAGCGCUUGUGUGAGCAAGUGCGCGAAGCAGCCUGCGCCCCCUACUCACACUGCCUCUUCCUGCACGAGGGCUGGCCGCUCUGUCUGCGGGAUGAGGUCGUAGUCCACUUGGCACCCCUCAAUUCCCUCUUACUGCGCCAGGGUGACUUCUUCCUCCAAGUUGAGCCCCAGGAGGAGCAGUCUGUCUGCAUCAUGAUCAAAUGCCUCUCCUUAGACCUCCGCACAGUGGACAAGAAGCCUGUUCCCGAAUCAUCCUACCCUAUACUUUUCACCCAAGAAUGGCUGGAGGCCAUCAAUAGUGACUAUGAGGGGAGUCCUCUACACAACUGCCUGGUAGCUUCGGAAAAUGGGAUUGCUUCUGUGCCUUGGACCAAGAUAACCAGCCCAGAGUUUGUGGAUGACAGAUCCCAAGCUGUGAAUGUCCUCUCCGCAGCCUGGGAGUCCCUUCAAUUAGAGGCACUCGAUUUGAGUAGCCCUCAAGAGCUGCACCAGGCCAGGACCCCAGGCAACCAGGUGUUUCUAGUCCAGAGUUCGGCCAAGGGUAAGGGCAACACAUAUAGAAACAAGUAUCCGGGACUCAUCAAGGUGGAGCAAGCCAGGCCUGGGGAGGUGGCCUUCAGGAUGGAUGAUGUGGUCACCCAGGACUUGGAGGGAGACUAUGUGGCCCUCCUGGACUUUCCCCAAGAGAGCAGAGGAGAGUUUCUCAGUAGAGAGGUGGAGACAUCCACUGGAUGUACUUUGGGGGCACUAAUGGAGCUGUCUGGAACUAAAGAAAUUCCUCUCUCUCAAAAGAUGCUGCCUCUCUCUGAGGCCAAUGGAGAACCUUCCUUGGAAAAAUGGUCUUGUGCAAAGUCAGCAAGCUCGGAGGAGGAGCCCUGCAUAUUUGGCUUGAGGAGAAAGGUCAACCAUAAAGCACCCACCCACGACUCAGAACGGCAGCCCCAAGGGCCCUAUGUCAAUGUCCUUGAGGACUUACUGGACUGUGACUCUGGCCUUGGGACAGGUGUCUCAGAAGAGCCAGCUGCUUCCAAGAUGCGGGGACCUCUGGGAAACUCAGAGAAUAUGCUCCAGCUCAGGCCUGGACCAAGACAAUCUUCUUCUCCUUGCCUGGCCCCCGCUAUUCCUGCAGCCCCAGCCUCUGAAACAAAGAUGGAGGAGAAGACCAAACAAGGAAUCGGGAGACUUCCCAAGCUCAAGGCCCACCCAAGUCAAAACUCCUCCUCUUCUGGGUCCCCCACUCCUGGGCUCAAAUUCUCAUUCUUGAAGGGGCAGAGACAAUCCCCUAUACCCCUGGAGAAAGCCACACUCCAGCAUGACAGGCCUUGGAAAGUCCUCUGUUCAUUCUACUCUCCUAAACCCAACCGAGCCAGAUCCUUGGGGAAAGCUGGAAAGACUCAGACCAAAACAUCUGGCCCAGCUGCUGAGUCAGGCCCACUGACUGGGGAAAAGGCUGGUUUCCCAGAAGCUCCUGCAGACCCCCCAGAAAGAGGCUCCACCCUGGAUGAGGACCCUCCAGGGCCUGAGCGCAGUGUUGGGGCUCUGGGUGUUGAGCUUUUCCACUCGAGGAUAGCAUGCCUGCCAGGUGGUCGGGACAGGGCAGGGCGGCCACUGCUUCUGGUGUCAACCACCAAGGGAGACUGGGAAGCACCAUGGUGCACGGCCUCAGAGGUCACCAGGCUGCUCUCCUACCUCUGUGCCAUCCCCAGGCCUGAAGAUAAAGCCAAAGGGCUGGCAGUCGUGAUUGAUGCCAGGAGACGUCCCCCACAGCCUAGCCUGGUCAGUGCCCUGCAGGCCACUCAGGCUCUGGUCCCAGCCUCCUUCCGAGCUGUCCUCCUCCUGGGGGAGAAGGAGGAUGCUCUCCAGCUGCAGACCUUACCUGACAUCCAGGUGGAGGUGCUGACCUCAUUGAAGGCCCUCAGCCACCAUGUGGACCCCAGCCAGCUGCCCCCGGACUUGGAAGGCUCCCUCCCCUACUGCCACAGCGAGUGGGUGCAGUUCUUCCAGAAGGUGGACCCUUUCCUUGCUGACCUCCGCCAGGCCUCCUCCCUGCUACAGGCUUCCAUCGAGGAGUUCAAGAAGGGGGACCUCCCUGGCAGUGUACAG